GAACUCGUGCUGACCGUUCUGGAAAAGAAGUUGACGCAUCAUUUCGUCCAAUGAAACCAGGAGUGCCUGCACCAACCGGAAGUGAUGGAAAGAGGAAACCAUGGCCAAAUAUUAUUGUGGAAGUCGCAUAUUCUGAAAGUAUAGAACACGUAUUCGAUAAGGUAGGAAAUUACUGGCUAAAGGAUCUUAGUCGUGUACAUGAUGCAAUAGUUGUUAAAAUCGAUCCGAUUUCUGAGGACGAAACACCUUCACGCAUGCGAGCGUGGCAUUUUUGUUCCACUGACAGAAGAACACGAAGAGGAGAACUUCAACAUCGAACUCACGUAAUGUCAAAAUAG